GAAAAUGGCGUGGCUUUUACCCACCUCUUUAUGUAUCUGCAUUGUCAUCAUCAAUGCUCAACUUACUGCUUUUUCUGGAGAUGAAUUAUGUGAUGAUUCCGAUAUCUGUACUUUAGUGUAUAGGGGUCCGGGAGUUUAUACUCCCACAAUGUACCACGAUAGAUACAUAAUUAGUGAACAGUUUGCAGAGACAGCUUCAUUCAACUUUUGUAACAAUAAAUCGAACUCAACGGAAAUUGAAUUACAAGAUUGGAUCAUAAAUUGUAGUCACAUUAUUUGCGGCUGUGUGAAAGUUGUCGGCAGUAAAAAAACAUGCUGCAGUACUGAUACAAAGUUGACCACAGUCACUGCUGACACCGCAAAACCUACACAAACUUCACACGGUACUGGUACAAAGUCUACCGCUGUAGGUAUUGGUACAAAGUCUACCGCUGUAGGUACUGGUACAAAGUCUACCGCUGUAGGUACUGGUACAAAGUCUACCACCGUCACUGCUGGCACUACACAAACUACACACGGUACUGGUACAAAGUCUACCGCUGUAGGUACUGGUACAAAUUCUACCACCGUCACUGCUGGCACUACACAAACUACACAUGACAAGACCUUCAAUGAAGUGUUAUUGAAUGCCAUCAUCGGUACAGGAGUCACAGCUGGUACCAGUGUAUUCUUGAUGGUGUUAAUAUUAAUACUGUUUAGACGGAAAAUUAAAAAAAUAAAAUUUGGUAACGCCUCGUUCCUACUAAAUAGUACGGUUUCAACAAGAACAGAAAAUGACAUUGAAAAUGUGUCAGUUAUAGAGGAUGUAGCUGUUGUAACAAUUGAUCAGGAAAGAAACGUAGUUGCAGCUGUUGCGACAGUUCAAAAUGUGACAGUUGAUGAGGAUGUAGCUGUUGUGUCAAUUAAUGAGGAAGGAAACGUAGUUGCAGCGGUUGCAUCUGAUGAAGUUACUGCCGUUGUUGAAACUGAAACAAAAACAAUAAGUCAAAGAACAAGGUCAAAAAAACAAAAAUGAGUUAAUACCAUAUAUCAUUUGAAAUCAUUCAUCAUCAUUCAAUUAACAUAUCAAUAGUAACUAGAUUUAAUAAUUGCUGGAUCCUGAUUCAUCUAGGUGUUGUGUUUAUCAGUUGUACUUUAUCUACCAAUAUCUAUAAAAUGUUUGUGUACCAAUAUCUAUAAAAAUAUUUGAUAUAUUAUGUAUUGGAUGAACAGGAUCACAAAACGAAAUAAUAAAUAGAAUAGCAGACUGAUAAAGCUGAUAUUUAAUCUAAAUGUCUAACAACAUAUCUGAUAUUAAAUCUACAUCAUUUGAUUUCAAAUCAGUUUAUCAAUGGUAAUAUUUAAUAUUAUUGUCUGUGUCUUGGUACUUAUAGAACUGGUGUUGUGUUUAUCAGUGAAAUUCUACUGUGUAUUACAAUAUCAUAUCAUUUCAUGAUUAUUUUUUUUAAAACGUUAAUUAUGAAAAUGUAGCAAAAUUACCUUAUUUUUUAGUUCUGGGAUGUUCUUUUUUUUUUUUAUGCUGCUUACUAACUGUAAAAUAAUUCAAUACUGUAAAACAUUGAUACAAUUUAUUAAUGUGUGGGCAUGCAUGUUGUAAAAUUAUAUACUAUAUCACAUAAAAUAACAUUUUUUAAAAUCAUUACAGACUAAUACAUGUAGAAUAACUUUGCUAUGUAAAAAUAUAGAAAAUGGUGGUUUUGUAUUAUUGUACAUGCUAUAAUUAAAUGUCAUCAAUUCUUCUAGUAACAUUAUGGCCUAUAUUUUAUAACACAAUAUGGUUGUUACAUUCCAAUAAAUAAUCUUUUAAACACAUUCCAAAAGUGAACUUGUGAAAACACUUACUGCUGUUCCAUUUUGUUAGGUUCAACCCUCACAGUUUGGUUGUCUAUUUGCUCGACGAUGAUGUAUGGUUCGGACACCUACAAAAUACAUAUUAUUUUUAACCUGUUUUAUUACUUGUGUUGUGUCUACUUUUAAUGUUGUUUUUAAUAUGUUGUAAGCUCCCCACUUUGUUGUGUAUAUCCCAAAUGUAUAUAUAUAAAAAAAAAAAAAAUGUAAAGCUUCAUUGUACACCUAAUAUUUUUUUUAUGAUAAUCACUUAAAAUGGGAAGCAUUUACGUUAAACACAAAACUGGUUGUAUUAUUUUGUUCCUAUUGUUAGUUGUUGUUUUUUUUGUUUUUUUUUUCAUUAGUGUUAUUUCUGUUGUUAUACAUAUGCAUAGUUACAGUGUUA